UAGUUAUAUCUAUAAUAAUAUUUAUAGAGCCACUUCCACAUCAUCUUUGUUCCGUUAACAGAACUCUUAACUUUCAAUCUAAACCCACACACACACAAAUUGCAGUAUGGGUUACGAUAGGCUUGGACCAUCAGGUUCGGCAACAAACACGAACCAGAAAGACCCUGCCACGUCACUCCCGGAGCUACAGAAGAGAACUAAGAAGACGAAGCUGAUUCUCUUCACGCUAGCAGUACUAGUUGUCGCAGUGGUCUGCUUAGGGAUCUUUGCCGGCAUCCGAGCGGUAGGUUCAGAUCAACAUGCGCCGAAACUAAACCGUGAACCUACCCGAGAAAUCUCCCAAACCUGUAGCAAAGCCCAAUACCCGAACCUCUGCAUCGACACGCUUCUCGACUUUCCGGGAGCUUUAACCGCCGACGAGAAACAGCUCAUCCACAUCUCUUUCAACGCGACGCUUCAGAGUUUCAGCAAAGCGCUUUACUCAUCGUCCACGAUCUCCUACACUCAGAUGCCGCCACGUGUACGAUCAGCUUACGACUCGUGUCUCGAGCUGCUCGACGACUCAGUCGACGCGCUAUCUCGCGCUCUCUCCUCCAUCGUCGCCGCCUCGUCCUCAGAUGAAUCUCACUCCGAUGUAAUGACGUGGCUUAGCUCUGCGAUGACUAACCACGACACGUGCACGGAGGGAUUCGACGAAGCCGGAGACGGCGGAGGAGGUGUGAAGGAUCAAGUGAUCGGAGCGGUGAAGGACUUGUCGGAGAUGGUGAGUAACUGCCUAGCGAUAUUCUCCGGCAACGUCAACGAUUUGAGCGGAGUUCCGGUGGUGAACCAUAGGAAGUUGCUUGGGGAAGAAGAAACAGAGGAGUUUCCGAAUUGGUUGAAGAGAGGAGACAGAGAGCUUCUCGGUACUCCGGCGACGAAGAUUCAGGCGGAUAUCACGGUGUCUAAAGAUGGUAACGGAACGUUUAAGACAAUAGCGGAGGCGAUCAAGAAAGCGCCGGAGCAUAGUAGCCGUCGAUUCGUCAUCUACGUCAAAGCAGGAAAGUACGAAGAAGAAAUUCUCAAGGUUGGGAGGAAAAAAACGAACUUAAUGUUCAUCGGAGACGGCAAGGGUAGAACUGUCAUAACCGGUGGAAAAAGCAUCGUCGAUGACCUCACUACUUUUCACACGGCCACUUUCGCCGCGACGGGAGCUGGAUUUAUAGUGAGAGACAUAACCUUCGAGAACUACGCUGGACCGGCGAAGCACCAGGCCGUGGCACUUCGUGUCGGCGGAGACCACGCGGUGGUUUACCGUUGCAGCAUUAUCGGAUACCAAGACGCGCUCUACGUACAUUCCAACCGACAGUUUUUCCGCGAAUGCGAGAUUUACGGAACGGUCGAUUUCAUAUUCGGAAACGCAGCUGUGAUCUUACAGAGCUGUAACAUCUACGCACGUAAACCAAUGCCUCAGCAGAAAAUCACCAUCACGGCUCAGAACCGGAAAGACCCGAACCAAAACACGGGGAUCUCGAUCCACGCUUGUAAGCUUCUAGCAACUGCUGAUCUCGAAGCCUCGAAAGGUAGUUAUCCGACGUAUCUCGGUCGUCCGUGGAAGUUAUACUCUAGAGUUGUGUACAUGAUGUCGGAUAUGGGCGACCACAUUAACCCGAGAGGAUGGUUGGAAUGGAACGGUCCGUUUGCGUUGGACUCUUUGUACUACGGUGAGUAUAUGAACCGAGGGCCGGGGUCGAGUACGGGUCAACGAGUCAAGUGGCCCGGUUAUCACGUUAUUACUUCAACGGUCGAGGCAAGUAAGUUUACGGUGGGUCAGUUCAUUGGGGGUUCAUCGUGGUUGCCAUCCACGGGCGUGGCCUUCUUCUCUGGGUUGUCACAGUAAGGCUGUCUCGGACUUGUAUGUAACUAAUAUACGGAAGAUAAUAUAUAUACAACAAAGUCAAGAUUUAUGUUUCUUUUUAAGUGUAUUUUAUUAUUAUAUGACAGAGCAUCUUCUUGAAUGAAAUAAAUAAGAUUAUGAUUUGAA